UCGCCAGGAAGGACAGGGGGCGAUGCGAGAGGAGGAGCAGCAGCAGCAGGAGGCGGAGGAGCCCCUCGGAAGUCUAUAAGAGAGACGCGCUUCUCCACUCCCAGCCUGGACUACAUCGCUACUGGCCGGCUAGGCGCCUCUCUGCCCCGGGUGCUCACCCCAGAAGACUAAGUUCAUCUCCACCAAUGGACUAUAGAAAUGUAUCGGAGAACUGCAAGGAGCUCACUGUGCCCUGCUCUAACUCCAGCUCUCUGCCAGCCAGUGUGUCUGGCACAGAUUCUUCAGCUGGUCAACGAACUGCAAUAGCCUUGGGGAGGCCAGCAGCUGCAAACGCCGCCCGAGAGCGCAGCCGAGUGCAGACUCUGCGCCAUGCUUUUCUGGAGCUGCAGAGAACCCUGCCCUCUGUGCCACCCGACACCAAGCUCUCCAAGUUGGACGUGCUGCUCCUGGCCACUACCUACAUUGCUCACCUUACCCGCAGCUUGCAGGAUGAAGAAGAGUUGCCCGGAGAGGGCUUGGGCACGCUGAGAGGGGAUGGCUAUCUGCAUCCAGUUAAGAAAUGGCCAAUGCGAUCAAGGCUAUACAUUGGAGCUACAGGGCAGUUUUUGAGUCACUCAGCGCAAACAGAAAACACAAAUCAAGGAGAAACUUCAAAAAAUUCACAAAUGUAA